AUGCACCGCCGUCACACCACGCUGCGGGAGAAGGGCCGGCGCCAGGCCGUGCGCGGGCCGGCCUACAUGUUCAACGAGCGCGGCAGCAGCCUGACGGCCGAGGAGGAGCGCUUCCUGGACGCGGCCGAGUACGGCAACAUCCCCGUGGUGCGCAAGAUGCUGGACGAGUCCAAGACGCUCAACUUCAACUGCGUGGACUACAUGGGCCAGAACGCCCUGCAGCUGGCCGUGGGCAACGAGCACCUGGAGGUGACCGAGCUGCUGCUGAAGAAGGACAGCCUGGCGCGCGUGGGAGACGGCCUGCUGCUGGCCAUCAGCAAGGGCUACGUGCGCAUCGUGGAGGCCAUCCUGGGCCACGCGGCCUUCGCCGGCGGGCUGCGCCUCACCCUCAGCCCGCUGGAGCAGGAGCUGCGGGACGACGACUUCUACGCCUACGACGAGGACGGCACGCGCUUCUCGCACGACGUGACGCCCGUCAUCCUGGCGGCGCACUGCCAGGAGUACGAGAUCGUGCACAUCCUGCUGCUGAAGGGGGCGCGCAUCGAGAGGCCGCACGACUACUUCUGCAAGUGCGCAGAGUGCGGGGAGAAGCAGCGCCGCGACUCCUUCAGCCACUCCCGCUCCCGCAUGAACGCCUACAAGGGCCUGGCCAGCCCCGCCUACCUGUCGCUGUCCAGCGAGGACCCCGUGCUCACCGCCCUGGAGCUCAGCAACGAGCUGUCCCGGCUCGCCAACAUCGAGACCGAGUUCAAGAAUGACUACAGAAAGCUCUCUAUGCAGUGUAAAGACUUUGUGGUGGGGGUGUUAGACCUGUGCCGGGACACGGAGGAGGUGGAAGCCAUUUUGAAUGGGGACGUGGACCAGGUCCCCCUGGGUGACCACGGCCGGCCCUGCCUCAGCCGGGUGAAACUGGCCAUCAAGUACGAGGUGAAGAAGUUUGUAGCUCACCCAAACUGCCAGCAGCAGCUCCUGACCAUCUGGUACGAGAACCUGUCAGGCCUGCGUCAGCAGUCCAUCGGGGUGAAGUGCUGGACGGUGCUGGGGGUGACUGUCGGACUGCCCUUCCUGGCCAUCGCCUACUGGAUCAUGCCCUGCAGCAAGCUGGGUCAGAUUCUGCGGAGUCCCUUCAUGAAGUUUGUGGCCCAUGCCGUGUCCUUCACCAUUUUCCUGGGCCUCCUGGUGGUGAACGCCUCGGACCGCUUCGAGGGGGUAAAGAACCUUCCCAACGAGACCAUCACGGACCACCCCCGGCAGAUCUUCCGCGUGAAGACCACCCAGUUCUCCUGGACGGAGAUGCUCAUCAUGAAGUGGGUGCUGGGGAUGAUCUGGUCAGAGUGUAAGGAGAUCUGGGCAGACGGACCUCGGGAGUACCUGAUGCACCUGUGGAACGUUCUGGACUUUGGCAUGCUGUCCAUCUUCGUGGCGUCCUUCACCGCCCGCCUCAUCGCCUUCCUGAAGGCCUCCAAGGCCCAGCUGUACGUGGACCUGCACGUGUCCAACAACGACCUGAGCAACGCCUCCCUGCCUGCCGACGUGGCCUACUUCACCUACGCCAGGAACAAGUGGCGUCCCUCGGAUCCUCAGAUCAUUUCAGAGGGGCUGUACGCCAUCGCUGUGGUUCUCAGUUUCUCUCGGAUCGCCUACAUCCUGCCGGCGAACGAGAGCUUCGGCCCGCUGCAGAUCUCCCUGGGCCGCACGGUCAAGGACAUCUUCAAGUUCAUGGUCAUCUUCAUCAUGGUGUUUGUGGCCUUCAUGAUUGGCAUGUUCAAUCUCUAUUCCUACUACCUGGGUGCCAAAUACAACCCCGCCUUCACCACGGUGGAGGAGAGCUUUAAGACACUGUUCUGGUCGAUUUUCGGUCUGUCUGAGGUCAUCUCUGUGGUGCUAAAGUACGACCACAAGUUCAUUGAAAACAUCGGCUACGUCCUGUACGGAGUCUACAACGUCACCAUGGUAGUCGUCCUCCUCAACAUGCUUAUCGCCAUGAUCAAUAACUCUUACCAGGAGAUCGAGGAGGACGCGGACGUGGAGUGGAAGUUCGCCCGGGCCAAGCUGUGGCUCUCCUACUUCGACGAGGGCAGGACCCUCCCCGCCCCGUUCAACCUGGUGCCCAGCCCCAAGUCCUUCUACUACCUGAUCCUGCGGACACGCGCCUGCCUGGUGCGUCUGUGCAAGGCCGGGGGCCGGAGGGCGGACGGCAGCGAGGUGGAGAUGGGCAUGCUCAACUCCCGCACUAAGCUACAUCGAUACCGAAGUAACCCCAGAUCGCGAGAUGACCUCACGGUGAAAAAGCCGAUCAAGAACCCGACACGUUAUCAGAAAAUAAUGAAGCGUCUGAUUAAGCGCUACGUUCUGAAGGCCCAGGUGGACCGGGAGAACGAUGAAGUAAACGAAGGUGAGCUGAAGGAGAUCAAGCAGGACAUCUCCAGCCUGCGCUACGAGCUCCUGGAGGAGAAGUCCCAGGCCACAGGGGAGCUGGCCGACCUCAUACAGCAGCUCAGCCACAACCUGGGGAAGAACACCAAGAAACCCUGA